AUGCCGGACUUGAACCGCGACAACAGACCGGACGAAGGCUUCUUGGACGUGGUGGUUGGCGAGGCUUCGUACGUUGGCUUCUUCCGUGACUUGGCCGAGUCCUUGUACAGCAUCGAGUCCAAGCUACCCGCGUGAGGACGCUCCUCCGCUUUCUUUGGCUCCAACGAACCGAGCAUCACGCUUUCAGCCUGCUUCGCCAUCUUCGAGAUGUCCUCCAUGCUUGCCGAGCUUCUUCGGAUUUCUAUCUUCCCAAUGUCCUCCUGCACCACUUCUCCGGACCCGUGCUCGGUCUUCACAACGAUCUCCGACUGUUGUUGUUGUUGUUGCUGCUGCUGCUUCGUGCGCACGUCGAUCUCUCCAAACUCGAUAACUUGAUCCUUCGCGUCUUUCAGACUGUGCGACUUGCCCUCGGGAUUCGACGAAUUCCGCCGGUGUUUCGCCAACGAGCUCUCCGACAUCGCGCCCGGCAACGCCUCCAACGAAGCGGACGACCUCUUCUCCUUGGCGAACACCAUCCUCCAGCUUUUGUUCUUGUAGUCCGUCGAUUUCCUAACCUUGGGCAGCGUCAUCGCGCGCUUGUCCACCGAGGACAGCUCGACCACCGUCGCUAUCGCUUUGCUCUCUUUCAUCGAGACUUUCGCGAGGUUGCAACGCUUGCAAACCGCCAGGGUGUUGUUGUGCCUGGAGGAGGUAGUGGCCGCGGUGACCGAGUUGCUCUUGUUCAGCGUCUUGGUCACGUGUUUCGUGGGCUUCGGCGCGGGAGGCUCUUUCGAGUCGAAGCUGAUGCUCAGUCGAUCGGUGAAGUUCCUCAGUCGAGAGAAUAUGGACUUGUGA